AAGAGAUGUUGUGAGGAUUUGAGCUAUGUGUCUUUGACAGUAGUCACUGCUCAUAGUGUAGAGCUGUAGAGUGGUAGCGAAAGGCACAGUCGACUGGGACGCGAGAUGGAGGAGGGGUCUCGUCGGGACUCGGGCUAAAGAUUUGUCAACCUUGGCUCUUUUUGUGGAAAUCACCUUGCCAUUCACGCCGUGCGCCGAAAGAAUGCUGGCUCCCGGUCUAGCUCCGCGCGUUCGGUUUGGCUUGCAGGGCAGCAUCGCAAGAAGCCAGACGAUCGCUCUUCGCCCACCGCCCCAUCUAAUUUUGCGACAUUAUGUAUCUUCUGCGAGCCAACCCUCAGCUUCUGCCUCUGCGCCGCCAAAGUGGUACCAGAGACCCUUGACGCUCCUCCUCGCAUUCGUUCCGGUCUUCACCUUUGGCCUUGGCGUGUGGCAGAUCAAGCGGUUACGAUGGAAGCUCGAUCUGAUCGAUGAGCUCGAAGACAAGCUCAAGCGCGAACCCUUGGAGCUACCGCGGAACGUCGACCUUGACGUGCUCUUAGGUCACUAUACGAAUCGGCUCUUCAACAUUCACGGCAAGUUCCCUGCGCCUGACGCGUCCAAUAGCAUCUUCCUCGGGCCGAGGGUGCGAGAAGGUCAGAUGGGCUACCACGUCGUCCAGCCGCUCUCGCGCCGCUCUGGCGGAGCAGACGUCGUCGUCGAUCGAGGCUUCGUCGCCAAGGACAAGAUCCUCAACUCAUCGUCCAACGACGUCUCGCAGUGGAAACUAUCGGAUACAUCAGCAGGGACCUCGACGGGCCCGCAUCUGCUUCUACUCCCCCGCGAGAAGCAGCGGAACUCCUUCACGCCCCAAAAUGACCCGUCGAAGCACAUUUGGUACUUUGCCGACGUGAGGGAGCUCAAGUCAUUCUUCGAAGGCGGGUCUCGCCCGGCAGAGGAAGGAGAGGAUGACUUCACGCCCUCGGCUGGCGUCGGACGUAGCGUAAAGGAAAUGUUGGGGCUGGAAAAGAACGAGGUCAUGCCAGUUCUCAUGGAGGAGAUCUUUGAGGGCAACGCAUACGAAGCGUCGCAGUUGCUGGAAAAGGGACAACCUAUUGGAAGGCCGGCGACCGUCGAGCUGCGUAACCAGCAUGCCGUCUAUGCCGCCACCUGGUUCUCCCUCUCUGGCGCAACGAGCGUGAUGCUAGCGCUCCUCCUUCGUAAAGGUCCUCGUUAACUUAACUGCAGCAUCACAAAGCAAAAUAAUGAGACAAUUACAAUUAU